AUGGCUUCAUCAUUUGCAGGAAAAGUAUCUCUUUGCUUAGCAUUGAUGUUGGGUUCUUGGGCUCUGCAUGCAACGUCCCGUGCACUCCCCGAAGCUUCCAUGGAGCAAAAGUUUGAGCAGUGGAUCCAUGAGCAUGGACGCACUUACGCCGACAGUGAAGAAAAGGGCAACCGUUUCGAGAUAUUUGUAGACAAUUUGCGGUUCAUCGAAGAUUUCAAUCAUGCCGGGAAUCGCACUUUCAAGUUGGAUUUGAACGCGUUCUCGGACCUAACCGCCAAGGAAUUCCUCGCGAUUCAUACCGGCUUGUCGCUACAGCCGACUCGUAGAAAUUCCCCCGGGACAAUGUCGUUCCCACGUGCUGAUGUCACCGACGUCCCAGAUAGCAUAGAUUGGGUGGAGAAAGGAGCUGUGAAUGCUAUAAAAAACCAAGGUCCUUGUGGUUGUUGCUGGGCUUUCUCAACAAUUGCCGCUGUAGAAUCGAUUACCCAGAUUAAGACUGGUAACUUGCCAGAACUAUCCGAGCAACAGUUGGUCGAUUGUAAUAGCGGAAACUAUGGUUGUAAUGGUGGUUGGAUGGACACUGCCUUUGAAUACAUAAUACAAAAUGGAGGCAUAACCUCUGAAGCUAACUACCCAUACCGAGCAACAGACGGAACAUGCGACACUAGCGCAGCAUCCUCGACUGUGGCCAAAAUCACGGGUUACAUGGAAGUACCCACCAACAAUGAGGGGGAACUGUUAAAUGCUGUGGCGAUGCAACCGGUCUCGAUCGCCCUAGAUGCCAGUGGGCGGGAAUUCCAGUCAUACUCAAGCGGUGUCUUCAAUGGAAACUGCGGGACUGCGAUGACUCACGCUGUCGUCAUAGUUGGGUACGGAACAACCGAGGACGGCACCAAAUAUUGGAAGAUUAGGAAUUCUUGGGGGGAGACAUGGGGUGAAGCUGGCUACAUGAUGAUUCAAAGAGAUUUUGAUCAACCAGAAGGGCUAUGUGGACUUGCUAUGCAUCCUUCUUAUCCUAUUGUGUGA